GUUUAGAAGUUAAAAUGUUUAGAUGGAUUUUAUUUGGUGAAUUCUGUGGUGCCUAUGGCAAAGUAUGGGUGUGGUGCCUCCUUGGGGUCUGUGCAAUAGGAAUGUGACAUGUGGCCACUACUACAUCUAUUUUUUAUUUUUCCAUCCAUUUUCAGCCUUUUUCCAAUAAAUCGAAAUAAAUACCGAAAUUAAAAAUAGGAAGGUCCUUUUAGCAAUUGUUUGAAACUUGGCUGUGGUAAAAAUCUAUCUACUGAUUUUUACCAUCAUUGAAGAUUGGAACUGAUUCCUAUUCAACCUCUCACUCUUCCACUCAUCUUCAACCUCUCACUCUUCCACUCAUCUUCAACUACUGCACUCAUCUUCACCAGUGACGACAGAAAUCAUCCAAGAGACCAUCACCUAAUUCGCGUUGCCCUAAUUUCUCUGCUCUCUACUACGUCAAUCGGUGAAAUCCUCGUUUCGAUUCAUCCUCCGUCUGCGUUCUCGUUCACCGGUCAAGAUUCAAGAUCUAAAGGUUGUUCCAAAAUGGCUGAAAUUAAUGAAGAGGCUCAUGUGGACUUGUCUAAUUCUGGAGGCAUGAAUGAGUCUCAGGAUCUGAAUGAUAUCUCAGAUAAUUCUGAUGGAGAUGAUGUGGUCAAUAAUGAUUCUUCCCAACAACAGUGCAAGCUAAUUCCUGAGUUGACUAUUGAUGAAAUUAGGGAGCUGGAGUUUUUGUCUGAGCAGGAUGCCGUUGAGUUUUACCAGCACUAUGCCCAGUUUAAAGGUUUUGGGGUUAGGAAGGAUGAUGUUCGGCGCGAUCGAAAAGGUAAUGUUGUUAGUCGCCAACUUGUUUGUAAUAGGGAAGGUGAGAGACAUGAGAAGCAUUUGAAAAAUGUUAGUCGAGUGAAAGAGGCUAAGCCAAUUACCAGAGUAUCAUGCCAAGCUAAAUUUCGUGUACGUUUCGAGGCAAACUCCAGCAAGUGGAAGGUUGUUUAUUUUGAACCUGAGCACAAUCAUGAGUUGACACUGGCUAAGCAAGUUCAUUUAAUUCCAGCAUUCAGGGGAUUGACUAAUGGUGAUAAGGCUCAAGUUGACACACUAAAGCUCUAUGGCGUGAGGAGUUGCAACAUAAUGGGUCUCAUGAUGGGACAAAAAGGAGGUCAUGAUUCAGUUGGUUUUUUGAAAAAGGACUUAUACAACCAUGUCGAUAAGAAUAAAAGGAUCAGUUUUGGUGCUGGUGAUGCUGCUGGUUCAUUAAACUAUUUUACGCGGAAAGGGGAGAAGGAUCCGAUGUUUUAUUUCAGGUUCACGAGAACAAGUAAUGAUAAUCUUGAAAAUUUGUUCUGGUGUGAUGGAACCAGUCGUCUUGACUACCAAGCUUUUGGAGAUGUAAUCGUGUUUGACAGCACUUACAAAAAGAACAAGUACAACAAGCCUGUUGUUAUAUUUUCUGGUUACAAUCAUCACAAGGAGACUACUAUUUUUGCAUGUGCAUUGGUUUCUGAUGAGACUGUGGAUACUUACAAGUGGGUUUUACAAAGAUUGGAUGAAGCUAUGUUUGGGAAGCAUCCUAAAGCUGUCGUGACAGAUGGAGAUAAAGCUAUGCGUGAGGCAAUUAAGGUAGUGUUUCCAAAUUCAACCCACAGGCUUUGUGGAUGGCACAUUCAGCAAAAUGCAGUUAAGAAAAUUCAUUUGCCUAAAUUCUUAGAUGACUUUGACUAUUUGAUCUUUGGUAAUUUCAGUCCUCAGCGGUUUGAAUCAAAGUGGGAGAGUAUGAUUGAAAAGUAUGAUCUUCGUGAGGACAAAUGGAUUAAACAAAUGUAUGAAACAAAGGAGAUGUGGGCAACUGCAUUUAUGAGAGAGAGAUUUUUUGCUGGAAUUAGGACUACCUCGCUAUGCGAAGGUAUCAACUCUUUCAUUAAGAAGUAUGUGACGUGCAAAAAUAGUAUGCUGGAUUUCAUUUAUAAUUUUGAGAGAGCUGUGGAAGAGUAUAGGCACAAUGAGUUAGCCUCUGACUUUAGGUCAUGUUAUGGGGAGCCUGUGUUAGCCACUGCUUUGAGUGGCAUUGAACAAGGAGCUGCUAAACUGUUGACCAGAAAUAUGUUUAGGGAAGUUAGACAUGUCAUGGAACAAGCUUUGAGCCUUAACCUUGUUGAACGGUCAGAGGUGUGCAACACAGUAAUGAUAAAGCUGAGUGUAUGUGGCAGAUCCAGUUCUCAAUUCUUGGUUGUUUAUGAUAAGAAUCAGAGCACAUUUGAGUGUGAUUGUGGGCUAUCUGAUUUUAAGGGCAUUCCUUGUUCUCACAUCAUAUGUGCUAUGAGGAUUGAGGACUUCACCACAUUUCCUGCAUCUCUUGUUUCCAACCGGUGGUUGAAGACUGCGAAGGUGGAUUACAUACACACAAUACCCUCCAUUGAGCUUGAUUCUGAAAAAGUGAAAUUGUUGCGUAGAGGUGCCAUUUCUGCUGCAUGCAAUUUUCUUAGUGAAUAUGCCGCUGAUGGUGCUACAGAUUUUUCAGCCGUAAUUGAGGAUAUAUACAAACUGGUCUCGAAAGUUCAGAAACGUCGUCAUCCGAAAUCUACUGAAGGUAAUUUAUUUGUGAUUCGUGACCCAGCUGUCGUGAGAACCCGAGGUGCACGAAAGAAGUUGAAGACUAAGAAGAAGAAAAGACUCUGUUCUAAUUGUAGAAAGAGUGGCCACACAAUCCGGACAUGUCCUACAUUUUUUGAGGGAGUCGGAGAUGAUGAAGUAGAUGAAGGAGAUUCAUCUGUUGAGCUGGAUGAUGAUAGCAUUACUGAAAAUACUGUGGUGUCAUUAGCAGGAGGAGAUAAUGGAGGUUCUACUUCAAGGCAAAUAGGCACAGCCAAAAGAAAGGUUGGAGAUAAUGGCAAUGUUGGUAGUGUUCAAGGUAAUGAACGCGAUGUUUUAUCACCGUCAGCUGGUCCACAAAUUGAUGCUGCAGGUCCUACACUGAAUUUUGGGGACGGAAUGAAUAUGUUCCCUCAAUUUCCCCCACCUAGCUAGAUUUUCCAUUCGUUCCCGCCAUAUUCUUCUUUCCCUUCUUCCAGUGGAAGUCAGCAUUUUUUGUCC